AUGUCAGGCACUAAAAAAAAGCGAAAAGAUGCAUCCACAAAUUGCAGCGAUGAAGAGCAGAAGGCCCCUGGCCACCUCCACGAAUGUGCAGUUGUGGGUGCAGAGAAGCAGGUGAAACACAGAGAUGAAGCAGAGCAUAUUACAGAAGGAAACAGUGUGGAAACAGGGCCCGACAAAGUGGAGAUGACUGGGCAGUCUUUAGUCUACACUGCAACAAAAGACACACUUUUUGGUCAAAAGACAACUCAAAACCAUGUAUUGUCACCAGAAUGGGUCCUCGGGAGAGAAUCAUCUAUUCCCGUCUUUUGUCUGCAAGACCACGAUAAGCUGAUUGUGCUCUACGCCGGGGCUCAUGUUGGGAUCAUAUAUAAUCACACUUCAAAUGCCCAGCACCUGCUCCAGGGUCACUCCCACCAGAUCUCAUGUAUAUGUGUGAGUGAAGACAGGCGCUGGAUUGCAACAGCAGACUGUGGGUCCCAGAGCAUGUUAAUCGUAUGGGAUUCUUACUCCGGUAUUCCUGUGCAAACAUUAUUUGAUUGCCAUGUUGGUGGAGGUGUCAUUGCAAUGGCAUUUUCAAGCAACGCAAAGGAUCUGGUAACCCUUGGUGGUGAAAAAGUUCAACGUGUGUGCAUUUGGGACUGGACCAGUGAAGUGCGAAAGCCCUUCUUGUGGACUGAACUCAGUCCUGAACAUGGUUUUCAAGAUUACAUCAGUUUUAAACCAACUGAUCGUACUCAGCUCCUCAGUGGCAGCAAAAGUCACGUGUUAUUCUACAGCUGGGCCAAGGGAAAUCUGCAGUACUUUGCCAUGAAGCCCAAGAGGUCAAUUCUUGCAGAAGUCCAAAAAGCACUUACUCAGCCUUCUCCUGGCCUUCUCCAAAAUGCUGACGUGCUUUUCUGCAAGUCUGUGUUUCACUGGGAAAACCCUCAGAUCCUUACACCCAUUCUAGGCAGCAUCAUGGUGUGGGAUGUAAUGGAUGACUUAGUUGAGAACCAGUAUCUCCCUGUUGAAAAAAUCUUGUUAAUAAUACAACUCAUGAAGCACCCGAUCAGUGUUCUCACUGUGACUGAUGGCUGUUUUGUAACUGGUAGUACUGAAGGGGAAAUCCAUUUCUUUGAUGAAACAUUCACGUAUCUUACUGAGAUCGAUGAUCUCAACCUGGAUGCUGUUACAUCUAUUUCCUUUUCUAAAGAAUGCGCAGAAGAAUAUCUGGAAGAUUGCUUUCUGAAGGCCAAGCCAUUCAUUAGGAACUUUGUUGUGUCCACAGCCAGUUUGAAGGUUGUGCAUGUGAAUGCCCAGAACAACAUUCAGACCCCCUUGCUACAGCAUAACCCUCUCCAAGUGGUGGCAUGCCACCCUAGUCAACCAGCUGUGGCCAUGGGGAGCCAGGAUGGCUUUUUAAAAGUGUGGGACUAUAAAAACAAAGUGAUCAUUGGCAGCAGGGCUUUUGACACAGACAGGGACAUCCAGUGUGUCACUUUUGACCCCAAAGGGUUAUACCUGGCAGUUGGUUUUGGCAGUGGAUCUGUUCGCAUACUAGAUUCCCACACUUUGCAAAGUGAUCAAGAGGAAAGUCUCAGAUCCACUACUAAAUGCAUCCAUCUCAUCACUUUCUCAGCUGACUCUCAGUACCUUGCCACUGCGGAUUCUGGCAAAGGAGUGACAGUGUUCCACUUACAGAGAAAUGAAGGCCCUUUGCUUCGCUGGAUGUAUCUGGGCAGAUACUGUUCUCACUACAAGCCCAUCGUAGACCUUCUUUUUGGGGUCAGUCCAGGCAGCACCCAACCGAGACUGCUGUCUCUGGGAAUGGACCGUCAGCUGGUGGAGUAUGACCUGAAAAAGAGUGUCACGAACCAGCUUCUCAUUCUAAGCUCUGAGCGCAUUGAACAAAGUGCUACACCACGGUGCAUGGCCUGGUAUCCACCACUCUCCAGAGAGCACUUUCUUCUCAUUGCCUCAGACCAAUACAAGAUGAAGCUUUUCAACAGCACCACCAACAUGUGCAGAAAGACACUUCUUGGACCAACAUAUGGCUCUCCUAUAAAGCAAGUUGCAGUUCUUCCCAAGUCUAAAGAAGCGAAGAUAAACGCAUAUCACUUGGCUUACAUCAAUGAGGAUAAGGUGGGUCUCCAGAUUUUGCCUCUGGAUGGGAACCCCUACAACUCCAGUGCAGUGAUUUGCCAUCCAGCAGGGGUGUCUGCUCUUUCCUGUUCCUAUGACGGGAGAUUUGUUUUCACCGUAGGGGCAUCUGACUGCUGUGUCUUCUCGUGGGAAAUUAACUUGAAUGUGUUGGAAGCGGCUGCUGCCUUGGGUGGAAAGGACAUGUUUCCCUUUUACUCUUUCCUAGAGGGAGGACGAGAUGGCAAAUUUUAUAGGGAUAUGGAGGACUUUUUCUAUUACUGCCAAAUUCAAGUUUACGGCCCCGACUUGAUAAAAAAAGGUCGAGUCCCGAACGAAAUUCCCCUGUCGGAGGUUCCCUCUCUAAUGAGAGCUGUGGGCCACUUUCCUACUGAAAAAGAGAUAGAAGACAUGCACAAUGAGAUCAAGUUCAGUAAGUAUGCAGAAACAGGAAAACAUGUGACUGACAUCAACCUGGAGGACUUUAUCAAGCUGUAUGUCAACCACCGGCCAGCCUUCGGCAUCUCUAUUGAUGAGAUUUACCAGGCUUUUUGCAUUUCUGGUAGAACUGACAGUACAGGACAGCCUGUUCUGCUGAAACACGAGCUGUUAGAUUCGCUACAGCUUCAAGGGGAACGCAUGACAGAGGAAGAGUUGAAACAGUGCUUUGCUACACUUUUAAGCCUCAAUGAAGAUGAAGAGAAAGAAGAGACACUUUGGGGAGCAAGUGGAGGUGCAGAGUGUUCAGUAGAGAGUGUUUUCCAGAGACUUCCGGAGGAGAUAUCCGCAGAGACAUUUAUACAUUCAAUCCUGGGCUCAACGUCCUCGGUCGAGCAGAGCGGCAGGCCUUCCUCUCCAAACUGAUGAAAGUAAAAGCUUGCCAGAUUCUCAAUGAGAAGAAGUACUAACUGUAAUGAUUUUCUUUUCUAUAAAACAGAGACAGAAUAAAUAAAGCCUUAUUUUUUGAUGUACAAUAGAAAAAAAUAAUAUUUAAAACAUCAACAAAUUGCAAUGGUUAGAAAAAUGGGUAUGGAAAUUGAAGGAUGGAUCUCAUGACUUUGUUACUUUGAAGUAUAGUAUAUUACUGACCACAGAUUAUAAACCCCAUUUCCAAUUGAGCUGGGUUUUUUGUUUAAAAUGUAUAUAAAAACAUAUUACAAUGAUUUGCAAUUUCUGUCCAACCUAUAUUCCAUUAAAUGCAGUACAAAG